CAAUACUUGCUGUUCUGUUUUGUCAUUUUGUUCCCAAAAUUCAGUGAUUAUCUCACUUUUCAAACAGAUGAUUUCAUUUCCGUCCUUUGAGUUUGCACACUUUGUAUACUGUCUCCCUAAUUGAUAUAGUUGUUUGACACGUUUCACUUGUCUUUAUCCCGAAAUCGACCACUUUUGGUAGACUUGUCAAAACUAACAGGUUGUUUAUUUAGCUCACCUGUACAAUGAAUGUACACUAAAUGUGUGUGUGAAGUAUAGAACCACUACGAUACAUAACUUUUUUAGUACAGCUAGCUAGAGCUACGGGAAUAAUGUAAAUAUUACACAUUGACAAUGCGUUUUGUGCCCCUUGUCCAUAUAGCCUGCAUAGGAUGCUGAAGAUGUAAAAUGUGCAGGAUUAUGUCAUUCAUGUUGGAUUAUCAUUCGUUUUGGAAUAUAUUGUGAAGCCAGUCCGUGUUACUGUUGAAGAGAGUUCAGCAUGGCUGCCCCAAGUUUUAUGGAGACACCCCUUGUUCUUUGGGUGCAGACAUUUGCUGACUGUGACACCAGGGUUGAUUAUGAUACCCUGGCUGAUGGGACUUAUCUCAAUGAUGUCAUGCACCAGAUUGAUCCAAGGGCGAGCCGUGAACACAUCAAUGCUAAUGUAGAGGACCUGAAGGAACGUCUUCACAACUGGGAUAUAUUGUUAAAAAAUAUCAGGAUUUAUUAUGAGGAUUGUCUGCAGCAAUUUAUUGUGAUGAAACUUCCAAACGUACUCGCCAUCAGCAGAGAACCACACUCAGAACAAGCCGAAGAAGAAAUCCGUAAGGCGUUGUUACUGCUGCUGGGUUGUGCCGUCCAGUGCGAACAGAAAGAAGACUUCAUUGAGAAUAUCAAGUCAUUGGAUAUUGAAGUGCAGCAUGAGAUGGUCAACCUUAUUCAAGAGAUCACGGAUGACAGAAAGAAUGUUUGUUCGAUGGACAUCGGUGAGGACAUGGAUCCCGAGCAUACCAAGAUCCUCUGCAAUCACUUGAAGAGUCUGCUCAGAGAAAGGGAUGGAUUCGUUGAGUUUGUGGAAUCUCAAAAUCAGGAAAUCCGCGACCUCACGACGAAUCUUGACAUCUACCAGUCGCAACUGGAGGCAGCACAGAAGGCAGCCGGGACAAUGGCUGGUGGCUCCCCCAUGGCUCAAGAGAAACAUCACCUCGGCGUUGAGUUGGCCGACGCUAAAGCAAAGACCAGGCGAAUCCGACAAGAAUUGGAGGAGAAGAAUGAGCUGAUUCAAGAGCUGAAGGAGGAACUAGAUGAGAGUAAGACAUUGUUGUCCAAGCUCAGGAAUGAGAAUCUAACAUUAAGUCAAGAUGCCAGGGCAGCCAGGACGUACCGUGAUGAACUGGACAUCCUCAAAGAGAAGGCCAGCCGAGCAGACAAGCACGAGACUGAAAUUCUCAAGUACAAGGAACGCUUAAAUGAGCUGGAGUUUUUCAAGGCCAGAGUUGAGGAGCUCCGAGAAGACAACACGAUCUUGAUGGAGACAAAACAGAUGCUUGAAGAUCAGCUGACGAGCAGCCACAAGAGAGUUGAAACUGUGAUAGAACUGGAGAAUGAGAUUAUGAGAUAUAAGCAACAGCUUGAGGAAUCGACUGCCGCACGUGAUAUCGAUCGUGAGCGUAUCCAAGAGUUGGUAGAGGAGAAUGCACGACUUGAGUAUGAGAUCAAGAGUAGUAUGAAUGAGAGCUCCAAUCUGGAACAUGAGUUGACCAAAGCAAUGAAGGAUGCAGGAGGAAAAGGAAACUCCUUAUCUGACCAAUUGAGUGAGACUGCCAAUGCCAAGGUUCUGCGAUUAGAACUUGAGAACCAGCGACUCCAGAAACUCUUCGAUGAAAACAGGGAGGGCUCCAUGUUAGAGUCGACCACGCGGCAACUCGAGUUAGAGAAGGAAAACAACCGUUUGGCAAAGAAAGUUGAAAAGUUACAGACGUCGAUGUCAAAGGAUUCCAGUCGAGUGAUCGAGUUGGAGCAUGCAACAGAGGAGGUGUUCCGGGAAAAAGAUCAGUUGCAGCAGACGAUCGAGGUUAUUAAGGCAAGUGCUGAGCGGCAGGUUAAGGAAUUGGAGACGGAGAAUGCACAGUUGAUGCAGACGGUGGAGACGUUACGGGAACGCAAUGAAAAGACUCAAGAUAUCCGAUUCAAAGACAUUGAGAAAGAGAAUAAACGUUUACAUGAGUCGGUGACAGAACUACGGGGCAACUUGUCCAAAAUGGAAUUUGACAAUCGCCAGUUGAAAAAGUCACACGAUCGGUUGCAAAAUAACAUGAAUAAGGUAUCAGAUCUUGAACGUGAUACGGAAAAAUUAGAGAGGGAGAAUUCUAAUUUGCAAAAGAUGAUCACUACUUUGAAAUUAACUUGUGAUAAGUAUGAAACAUUAGAACAGGAGGCGUCCGAUCUUGAGGUCGAGAAUCGUAAACUUUCGAAAAAUGUUGAAUCAUUCAAGAAAACUGUGGCUAAAGUGGAGCAGUUGGAGCAAGAGAAUAUUUCGUUGACUGUUGAGAAUCAGCGUCUGCAUCGGGUGAUAGAAAAUAUCAAGAACUCAUCGUCGCGGGUGUUGGAUUUAGAGCAUGACAACGACCAGUUGAAUAAGGAGAUUCAGCAGUUGAAGAAAGCUUUAGAGAAUCAAAAGAUCGAUAGUAUGAAGUACGACCAGUUGGAGAUUGAUCUUCUUGACGUUGAUAACGAUAACCAGAAGUUGUCCAAGAGUCUGGAACUUGCCAAUAGGAAAGUUGACGAGUUACAACGUGAUAAUCAGGAGUUAGAAAACGAGAACCAAAAGUUGGGGAAGACAUUAGAAACAUUGAAAGUCUCAUUGCGGAAGUUAGAAGAUAUGGAGCGUGAAAAUACAGAGCUGGAACAAGAGAAUGGUGCGCUGCAUAAAGAGCAGGCUUUGUUAGAGAAGGACUUGAAGAAGUUACAGCAGAUGACAGAAGUCAAGGAUUCAUCCAUCGAUGAGUUGAGUGCAAAGUUGGCGGCCGUUGAUCGGGAGAACAAGAACAAUCGAAAGUCGAUGGAUAAGAAUCGCGACGUGAUGACACGGGUGCGUGAACUAGAGAAGGAGAAUAAAGACUUAUUCCAACAGAAUGUGAUGGACAAGAAGACAUUGGCAACACUGAGAGAGGAUUUUGUCAAUGAAAAGAUCAGGUCACAGCAGUUGAGUAAUGAACUUGAUAAACUCUCCCAAGACUUGGAGAAGGUUGGGCUCAACAAGGAGAAGAUAUUGAUGGCAGAAUCUACGGAGGGUGAAAGUCGGUUCAAAGCCCUUGAAACUAUGAUGGUUGGAGCCCACCAGAAGAGUCUUGAGAUCAAAAGUGAGAAAAUCCAGUCGCUUGAAAGCCGCCUUGAGGAGUCCAUGGCGAGGAACCAGAAACUCUCAUCAGAGUUAAAACUCGCCAAGAGGAAGUAUGAUAGUCUCCAGCAAGCGGUUGAAGAGGAUGGGCUAAUCUCUCCUGAUGGAUCGGCCCCGAACACCACCAUCCUCAUGUCACCUCAUGGAGAUGGUAAACCUAACCGAGUGGUUACCCAGGUGAACCUAAAGACUGCCCAUAACAACCCUGCCCGUGACAUUCUCCACAUACAGGAGCACCUUGUGGAAGUGGAGCGAACAAAUGCCUCCCUGUUAGCAGAAAACAAGAUCAUGAAAACACAGUCGAAGGCAAUGGACGAAAGGAUCCAUAAAUUUGAGUCCCAGAAUAACAACCUCCACUCCCAAGUCUCAACUCUCCAGAUGCAGUGUAACGUUCUGCAGCAGGAGAAUGCCAAACUUCAGGUUGAGACCUCAACCCUUCAGUCCCAGAUUAAUGCCCUCCAAUCACAGAACAGCUCGCUGAAGAAUCAGUUUGGUCAUUUAGAGUCUGAUCAUGAGCAUCUCAUGUCCAGCCACGAAGAGUUACAGGGUGCUCAUGAGUCGCUGGUCUCUGAUCACGAAGCCCUGCAGUCCCUCCAUGAACAACUCACAUCAGAGUACGAGUCCUUGAUCUCCGAACAUGGCUCGUUAAAAUCCGUCCACAAACAGCUCAAGGCUGACUACAAGAACUUGAAACGAACGAACAUGGAGAUAUUGCGUGAAAAAGAGAACAUUGGCGUGUUACGCGAGGCUGUGGAACACGAUCGGCAUAUGAUCCGAAAUGAGGCUAAGUCGCUUGGCUCACUGCAGUCAGAUUACAUCAACGUGAAAGACGAGUGUUUGCGACUACGUGACUUGAAUGAUAAAUUGAACAGCGAGCUCAAGGACUUGUUGUUGGAACAUAAGACCGUCAAGUCUGAGUAUAAUAAUCUUCAGUUGAUGUAUACAGAGUUGCAGGGUGAUAUGGCCGAGUGUAAGGAUCAGUUGAACACUAUGGACGUGGAGGUCUCCAAGAUGGCUAACAAGGUCGAGGCCCUGCAACAGAUGAAUAACCAGCUGGAGGAGGAGAACAGGGCCCUGAUGUUACAGCUUCAGGCCCUGCUCACACAGAACCAAGAACUCCUAACGCAAACUCUUGAGAGCAAGGAACAAGCCCAUGAUGAUGAAAGAUCAUAUCUGGAAAAACUUGCAGACCUUCGAAGACAGAAAGAGAAACUGGAAGAAAAGAUUAUGGAACAGUACAAACGUUAUAAGCCUUCUCCGAAAAAGAGCCGUAGUUUUGGUGCCAAUCUUGUGAGAAAAGCAAGGGGAUUUAUCAAUAGGAAUCAGAGGAAAAGUCAAGGUGGUACUCCAGAACAUUCCACCGGGAGUCCCGAUAACUCAUCACUUGGUUCAUACGGAGAUUCUACUGACGGGAGGAGAAAUGGUCACCUAAGCAAAAAACACCGUAGUAAAAGUAUGGGACAGCUAUUCAGUGGUGCUCCAUUGUCUGCUGAAAAACGUACACCACCCCCACGAAAAAUGAGCCAACCGGCCGUCGUCCACAGCCAGCUUCAGGGUAGCAAAAGCACAAACAACUUGAGCCAGACGGAACCCAAACUUUCGAAGAAUCGUGGUCUUGCCUCAUCAACGACGGGCAUCCAUCUUUUGUCCAGAGAUGAGCCUGAUGAAGGAGGAUUCACGCUAAGAGGUGUAACAUCCAGCGAAGAUAUCACAAACAUUGAUACGUCAUCUAGCCGUGCCUCGGUGGCGCUCUCUACCAGUAGCACCUCUACUCAAUUAAAGGGAAAACAAGGUUACGACCAGCCCAAGGACCGUCGCUCCACGUCCAGUCAGAAGACGAACUCGACCGACUCCAGCGACCUUCACCUUCCAUUGAAGAAGCUGAUCCCAGGUUCGAUGAGUAUCUACGAUCGCACUCCUGAGGACUCACCAAGAGGGAAGACAAAUCUGAUGAGUCUGAAAGAGUUCUUGGAUGAUUUGAACAACUCGCCGGAAACCAGGCGGCGGAACGCGAAGGAAAGACAUCAAAAAGAGCAAAAAGAAAGAGAAGAGAGAGAAAAGGCAGAGUUAGAAGCUAGCUUGGCAAACAUUACGGCCGUGUCUGCAGCACUAUCAGACCAAAGCAGACCAGCAGACGAUACGUCCAGAUCUUCCAACUUAUCGCAAAACAGCACCCCAGAACGUCGAUUUUCAAGUUACACUCCGCAGAAAACCAGCCCACAUCUCUCUCACAAUGAUUCAAAUGAAAGACGUUAUACCCAACCUGCAAAUAUACUGUCUCAGUCCACUGUGAACAUUUCAAAGAUUUCUAAUGAGUCUAAUCCAAAUGCUAGUGUCAAUUAUAGUCAAGGUAUUGAUAGGCCGAUGUCAGCCAUGGGAUCACCUAUGGCAUAUAACCAGCAUAACUUCUCUUCUACGCCGGUUGCCUCCACACCGAGCUAUGAGAGGCCCCGAUCUGCUAUGGGUGCUGCUAUGGGGCGGCGUGUGAUGCCGGAACCACCAGCAAGGCCAUCGAGGGAAGGUAGCUACCCAACUGCUCCUAGGCAGAGACCUGUCAGUGAAUAUCGGCCUCGGUCAUCAAGUGAUGGUCCGUCCCAAGGUGCUGAAAGACAUUCUAGUGGGAUCCAACUUGUACGCAAACCAGGGGGCAGUGGAAGCAGUGGUGUGAGUGUAGGACGUCAGCUACCCCCUUCACCAACACGCCAAGGCCUGACCCACCAAGGCAGUGUGGAUAGCAGGAUAGGGGCGUCGCCAUCAAGAACGGACAUUCCGAGACAAAACAAUUCAGAUUCAAAACUUCAGGGUGAAAAUUCAGGAUACGGGGCAUAUGCAUCCGCGUCGUUAGGUAGAAAGCCUAGCGGGGCGACCACGAAUCCAAAUUACGAGAACACGUACACAAACUCUUAUGGAACUGUUGAUCGCCGACCAAGUAAUAGUACUCCUGAAAGAGUGAAUUCUAAUCAAAAGAACCCUGACAGUGGCGGCUAUUCCACUCAGUACAAUGAACGGAUGAAUGAUAAUUCGUACCAGAAUGAUAAUUCUGUGAGUAGAAUGGUGAAAAAUUAUCAAGACAGUGCACAUUCAAAUAGCCCAAAUAAACCGGUAGCACCACCUAGACGUAGAGGCAGCAAUCCGAACAUUCUUGAAGGGGAGGUACCCCUCAUCCAACCAACCCCCAUACGUCCUGGAAAUGGCCAGCAUGGGAGACCGACCACACCGUAUGGCCAGUCUCCACAAUCACAGCAACGAGCUGUGGUACAUCCUGUGAAGCCAUACCCGGCUACGAUGACUCGCUCAUCCGGUGCUACACCUGGUCGGUCGAAACCUGAGGCACCCAAGAACCAGCCGCCAUAUCCGGACACAGAGCCCCCACCACGCCCUCCUCCACCUGCAGAAGGUGAACCAAAACCAAAAUCAUCCGUCUGGUAUGAGUAUGGUUGUGUUUAGCGCAAUUAGUUACAAUAGCAAGUCAGACCACUUGAGAAAAAUGGACAGACCACUGGACAAUGGCUGUGUAAACAUUCCAUGGUAAAGAAUACUAAAGCUUUUCUACUAAAGAAUAUCAAUACAAAACCUUCAAAAGUGCAAACUUUUCCUCCAGUAUGGAAACACCCCACCAGACAGACGACUGGGUCCAUGAAGAUAAGGGGGUUUACAGUCAAUGAUCUCAAUAUACAUUCCAUUUGUCCAACGAUCAACACCGCUGUAUAAGUGGCAAUAUUUUCUUUGUAUCUGCAUGUGAGCUUGUUUGAUCUGGCAUUGAAAAUGUCAGUGUCGUGUAAAUGAUGUAUACUUCUGUUUAUAGUAUUGUUAGCCUACCAUACUUGUGAAGGGCAAAGUGUUUGUUUAAGAUGCUGAAUUCCCUUAUGUUUGUAACAUUUUGCAAAAGAUAAUCCUCCAGUAUUGUUGCUCUUCUGUGCAAACAGUGAAUUGUAUUUGCAGUAUUCCUUUGAAGUAACAAUGAGGCUCUGCUAAGCCCUUCCUUUUUGUGACUGGACUUGGCUUCAAAUUCGAAAUGCUCUAUCAAAUAGCAAUGUUGUUCUUGGGUAGUCUUCAUUAGAGUUUAAUCCGAUCCAAAAUAGAUCUGUAUAAACUUCGAUCCCAUCCUUUAGCCGUAGCACCAAUGAAAUGUUUAUUUAAAAUCGUGAUCUUCUGCCAAUACGACUGAUGACCACACCAAACUUGAAUUUAACCCUUCUGCUGCCUAGCAUUGUGCCGCUGACAAAAAAACAGCAAAUUUUUCAGAAAUUCCCAGUUGGCGCCACUUGUCUUCCAGGAGAUUACGACAAAUUUCUGGUUUUGAAAUAGAACUGCUGAUAUUUAUUUAUGUCGGAAAAUAGUCCAUUCAUUGACAACUUGCCAAGUAAUGUUACACCUAUUCUGCUCCUGGGGAGUAAAAUAAGAAAACCAAGAAGGCAGAAAAUGAUCUUUUGAGUAUAUAAUUUGCAUUUGAGUAUCUUUGGUACAGUAUCCUGUUCAGCAUAAUUUUUUUCUAUGACGACACUUCAUCAGAAGGUUGAACAGUAAUUUCUGGUGUCUUAAUUGAGUAAUUAACGGCAUGCUGUUUUGGCAUGUUUCAUUGUUGUGAUUUGUAAUAUUUUGCCACCUUACACACCGUUCACAAGGGGUUGUUAUAUGUAUCAGAAACCAGCUGUAAAUUCCAGCGGAUAUUUUGUACCUUAGUGAAACUUGUUGUCUGGUGAUGAAUUAGGACCAAAGUUAAAAUCUGGCUUGGUUGUAAUAAUGUGUCAGUGUCAAGCGACUGUGAGGGUGAUAUCCCUCCAAUGAGGUAGUGGUCAUCAAAUCCAGGAGGUGCAGUCUGUCAUGUGACUUUUCGGGGCUCAUCCAUGCUAAACAGUAGGGAUGAUCAGUUGCAUCUUUCCAUAACUAUAAUGGUUGUAGUGCUGAACAAGGCCUAUUUUGAAAGGAACAGAAAGUUCAGUACAUUUCCACAAAAAUGCACUUUUGGUGACCCUUGAUUGAGAUCUGGGAAGUAUGAGUAUUUGCCUCAAAAGCAACAGGUGGACUUGAAUGGCACUUGACCACUUUAGAGUGAAAAUGUGAUGGAUUUUGCUUUGCAGCUGAGCAUGUACUCUACUAAUGAAAGUGUAUUGUUCACAUCAGAAAUGUUGGCCUGGAUAUCACUAAUGCUUAAAGGGAUUGGUUGUUACAUCACAGGGGAUGCAUCCCACCCCCUUCCAUAUUCAUUCAUGAAAAAUCUCUGAAAUUGGAAUUUUUUGAUUUUUUCGACUUCUGGAUCCGCCCUUGCAUCAGAUGUAGAGCAAUGAUAUUACAGAUCCAUCUUGACAUUUUAGAGCUUCCGAAAUUUGCACUAUUCUGAUUUGUUUGAUUUCUGACUAGUCAUAUUGAGUAAGUGGAUCAGACUCAAUGCUUACCCUUCAUUAGCCUGGUUCUACAGAUCCACCAAACUCCCCCACAGUUGCUCACUAUUCCACCAAAUUGCCCAUGCAUCUUGUUAUUGGAGACUAGUAAUGGUACAUGUACACAGAUGGCAUAGACCUUCAAGAGCUAGGUACCUGAUGUCAAGAAUUAAUAACGGACAAGUAAUCCUCUUUAUUAUUACUAGUACUUUUGCGUUGGUGCUGAAUAUUUUAAAGUAGGUGUAUGAACCCUGUGAAAGUCAGGAAUUCUGUUUACAUCUUGUUUAUCGAUGUGAGGCAAGUCCUUGAGUUUUAGUCUGUCGGGCAUAAUGAGGGGUGACACCUUGCCUUAAAUAACAGCCCCCUGCUGAUAAUUGAUCUGUUGUGAUUUAAGGGUCAGCCAACCGUCACCUUUGGCCGAAGGGGAAUUCUAGUCGGUAUGAAAAAACUUGACUAACAAGAAUUUGGUUGAACUUUUAAGAAAUGCGAGUAUUUUUGGCACUUUCAAUGGUCAAAAUCCCCACACUGAAUGCUCUGCUGACUUUUUAGUUGAUUGAAUGUGUCAAUUAACUUUGCAUGUGGCAAACCUAUAAACCUUUUCGAACCAGAGAAAACUAGUUUUCUCUUUAGUUAUAUUGACAUUUAUUGUUAACCAAUACAACCAAAAAAUCUGUAAUAGGAAUUGAGGAGAAAGGAUACACAGAAAUUAAUCAAACUUUAUUUGACCAAAAAGGUAUUCUGUAACUAUAUUAGUACUUUUUUGUUUUCUGCUACUAUUUGUCUUACUUAAAGAUAAUUAGCAAACCAACCAUUGCUCUCAUCCAAAAAGUGUCAUUACCUGCUUUUGAUACCUCUGCCUUCACUUACUCACUGUAAAAUCAGUUAGGAGCAGACACGACAUUCUGCGUGGUACCACAAGCAUAUAUCAUUACAAUGCUUGAAAAUAACAACAGCACCUGGCUGAGUAAACAGUAUUUGGCUCUUCUAUAAAAAAUGGAUUAACUUGUCAAAAGGAGAGCAGUUAUUUUGAGUGUCGACUCAAAAAAAGCCUUUCAUUCAUUUUGAUGGACUAAGGUAAUUUGUCAGAAGCUACAUCAUGCUUGGAUUAAAUUGAACUCUUUUAAUCAAGUUAGCAUUUCAGGAUGUUUUUUCUCCUUUCUUUUAUAUGGAAACGUAGUUAGAGCGAGAAUUUUGUGUAUAUGAUUGGUGAUUUGUAUUUGAUAAACAUUUGUUAUGAAAUUGUGUUGUGUAUAUAAUUGAUCAUUGCAAAUUUUGUAUGAAUAAAUUAAAUUAAAAUC